UCAUAUUCAAUGCAUACCCAUGGACUGUGCAGAUCCAAACAUGGUAAAAUAACGUACGGUUAUGAAGAUUACGAAUUUACAACGUGGGUGUUCAUAAGAAUCUUUGAUAAGAAUAUAGCAGUGUAAUAUAGAAAUUGAUUGCUUCAAUUUUACAAUGGUAUACUAGCGUAACUACAAUAAAAAUGUAUAACGGAUGCAAAAUUAUUAUUUUUCUUGUUAUCAUUUCCUUGAUACAAGGAGAGGAUUAUUAUGAAAUUCUUGGUAUAAGUAGAUCAGCUGAUCAGGAUGAAAUUCGAAAAGCUUUUAAGAAAUUAGCUGUUACCUAUCAUCCUGAUAAAAACACUGAUGAUCCAAAUGCUCAUGAUAAAUUUAUUCGAUUAACAACAGCUUAUGAGAUAUUAAAGGAUAAUGAUUUAAGAAGAAAAUAUGAUCUUUAUGGAGAAGAUGGACUUGACAAAUCUAAUAAAAAACAAACCUAUCAUUCAUGGAAUUAUUAUCGAGACAGUCUUAUAUACGAAGAUGAUCAACAUGUUAUUAUUUUAGAAAGAAGUGAUUAUUUUGAAAGUGUUAUCAAUUCUGAAUCAUGUUGGUUUGUGAACUUCUAUUCUCCAAUGUGUAGUCACUGUCAUCAUUUAGCACCAACUUGGAAGGAAGUUGCUAAGUUACUUGAUGGCAUUGUGAAAAUUGCAGCAGUCAAUUGUGAACACAAUAGACAACUGUGUCAUCAAGUUGGAAUUAAUGCCUAUCCUACUUUGCUUCAUUUUCGAAAGAAUUCGCAACAAGGAGUAUACUAUAUGGGAGAGAAAACACAGGAGGCUAUUAUGCGAUUUGCAUUAGACAGACUGAACAUCCAUAUAUUUGAAAUAACUGAAUCUCAAUGGAAGCAGUUUUUACGUGGCAAGAACAUUAUCCACAGACCUAUGCUAAUUUUUAUAUGUGUUGAUCAACAAAACUGUUUUACUUCUGAUGAAAGGCUUACAGUAGCAGCUGUAUUCGAUAAACUGAUUGAUGUAAGAGUAUUUAUAUGCGAAAAUGACAAUUGCCACAAUGCGAUAUAUUACAACACACAUGCGGUCUAUUUACCAAUAUAUAAUACAUCUGUUUGGGAGCCUAUAUUUUUUGACGAUUUGCUUGAUAUAAAUGUACUAAUAGAACAACUUUGGGAGCAAUUGCCGAAUCCACAAGAACUGACUGAAAAUGAUUUCAAGGUAAUUGAAACGACAUUAUUGAAAAAGUCCAAUGAUAUUCCUUGGCUUAUAUGCUUUUACAUUGGUCAUCCAUAUCAAAAAGAUUUAGAUUUGCAAAUAAAAAAAUUUUCGACCACUGAUAUUAAUCUAGGUAAAAUACAUUGCGGUAAAAACGGACAGUUUUGCAAUAAAUUAGGCGUGAACCGUUAUCCGAUGUGGGGUAUGCUUAAACCAGGUGGAGCGUUUGAAUUGAACCACGGAAAGAACAUUAACAACGAUAUCCUCAAGUUUAUAAAGAUUAGUAUGAAAACCACAAAUGUUUGGGCUCUCUCUUCGAAGGACGUGUUAUCGAUAUUACAAAGAAUCAAUGGAGACGAAGUGUGGUUCCUAGAUUGGUAUACACCGCAUUGUCCUCCUUGUAUAAAUUUCCUAUCGGAACUUCGCAGAGCUUCGUUAGAAUUUGAUUCAUCGAUGGUCCGUUUUGGUACAAUUGAUUGCUCCGUUCACACCAUAGUGUGUAAUCAACACAAUAUACAGUAUUAUCCUACCGCCAUGCUCAUAAAUGGGAGCAAUACAUAUCAGUUUACAUCAUACAAGACAGCAGCGAAUGUAAUCCAAUUUAUUAACGAGAAAAGAGAUCCAUCGGUUAUAGAAUUAACGUCGCACAACUUUAACCGUAAACUGGCGAAGAAGAAAAGUAAAGUUAUAUGGAUUGUUGAUUAUUUUGCACCAUGGUGUGCACCCUGUCAAAGAUUAGCAUCUGAAUGGAUAAUUGUUGCAAAAUCACUGAGCAGUUUAUCGUUUGUAAAUGUGGCUAGUGUAGAUUGCCAGGCUGAGGCUUCGUUAUGCACGUCUCAAGGAGUGCGUUCUUAUCCUAACAUUAGGAUGUAUCCGCUGGAAAGCGAGGGCUUAAGUAAAGUUGUGUUUUACAAUGGACAGCGAGAUUCGUUAUCUAUUUUAACAUGGAUAACAAGAUUUUUUCCAAGUAAAAUCAACGAUUUAAAUCCCUCCGAUUACCAAAAAGUAUUAAGUAGUAAGCGUAUAUGGAUUGUUGAAUUUUAUUUGCCGCAAUGUUGGCGUUGUCAAAAGAUGGAACCUGAAUUUGCAAUUGCCGCUCAGUUACUGGAGAAAGUAAAGUUUGGAAGAAUUAACUGUAAUUAUUAUAUGCAUGAAUGCGCAAAUGCGAAUGUAGAAGUGUUCCCAACGCUAAUACUAUACAAUCCUAAGCAGAAAACAAAAAAUAGAUACACUGGUAUGAGAAUUGCUGCGACUACAGCUCAGGCAAUCAAGGAUGCAAUUUUAGAGAUUAUUGAUUCUCGUGCGAAACAUGACGAACUAUAAUAGACCAAGUGCUUAAAUUAAAAUUAACUAAUUUUUUCUAACUGAUUAAUAAAUUUUAUUAAUGCACUUAUGUACU